UUUUGUGUGCUACUUCUUCUCUUCGAUUAGUUUCUCCAACUCCCUUGAUUUAGGGUUUUGUCCUUGUAGCUUUAUUCCCUCUCCUAGAUUGUUGCAAAAAUCUCAAAAUGUUGGUAGGUUAAAUUAAAACAAUUUAUUCUUGGUUAGGGCCGGCGGGCCGGACAUGCCCCAGGUUUCUUCAAGGAUCACUCCCAGUUUCUGUGGAUUAUCUGUUCAGGAAUAAUAAUGGACACUGAUGUCAUUUGUGAUGAGAAUAAGGGAGAAAGUUUGUCUCAGUACUCCAUUGUUAAGAAAUUGAAGGGGUGUUAUCAGUCUCCGAAGCGGUUGCCUGAAUUGCCAACAAAGCCAUCUGAUCCUCUAGAUCCAAUCACUCCUGAUUCCAUCCGAGAAGGUGGCAACCACGUAGAUGGCUGCUGUUCACCAGUUUCUUCAUCUUCUCUUCACAGUACUCAUUGCUUUAAGUCUCAACUUUUUGGUGACCUGGUUCCUUCAAAUGAAGGAAGUCCACGGACUCCAAAGGGGUUUGAUCCAUUUGCUACUGGACCAGAUGAACUCAUGCUUGCCCCACAAUGUAAAAAAUAUUUUACAGAUUCACAAGCCAAAGUGACACAUCAGCUAAAUUUUGAGGAGAUUUUGAAUUUCAAUGGAAAUGUUAAUCAGUCAGAUAAUGUAGGAACCGUGUCUGGGGAUAAGAUGUUAUUUGAAUUGUUGUACAAUUCUCUUCUGGAAGUUAUUACCGCAAAACAGAAAGAGGAUCUUCAUUCGAAAGCCUCAACUCAACUUUCAGAUUCUGAUGGAUACAAGACACCUACCUUUGCACCUCAUCGUAGUGGAGUUGCUGAUACGUGCCCUGGUGCUCCUAUGAAGCCCGCAAAUCGGUUUAAAAGAAUACACAAGGGAUUAUGCAAAAAGCUGAUAUUUUGACGUAUAUUUAUGUUGCAAGGUCGCCAGAGAUUGAUUCUAGUACAUGACGACCUCACUCAUUUUCAAUGUUGUGUCUAACCUCAAACUUGGAUGUGGUAGAGAAUUAACAUAUUGUAUAGGUUGUUGAUAUCGCAACUGCUCAUCCAACAUUUACUUGUGAUUCUAGGAAUUUUAUGUACUAUUAUGUAGAGUUUAAUUCAGUAUUGAGUGACUGUAGUCUUGUAGCUGUAUAAUGUAUAGGCUUUUGCAACUUCUGAUGUAGUUCAAUGUGGACAAAAGUCUAUUUAUUUGAUAGUUGAUUGUUGACCA